AUUCCAGUCCUGUAACGUCAGGAUUGCGUCAAUUUGGGUUUCAACCACGUCCUUCGGUCUCAGAGCUCAGUUCGUCAGAAGAUCCCACGAACCACAGGAGAAGGGCUUUGCGAAUCACUGUGAAGGAAGGAAGGAAGGGAAGGAGGGAGGAGGUAGAGGGCGAAGGCAGSUGRACCCUCCCAGCCUCCCAGUUUCUCCCUGUCACUGUCGCCUCCUCCUUUUCCCAAAGCCUUCCCCAUCUUUCAGGCUGCUGUUUGCAUCACAUUGGGAAGCAAGGCUCCCCUGGCUGCCUGUGUGAGCCUGUGAGCAUCUUCCUCUCUGUGUUUUCCUUUCCUCUGCCAACUAAGAGGGGAAGGAGCCAGGCACAGGCAGAGCAUCCUUCAGCACCUUGGACAGAGCAGCAAGCAAACAACAUGGCUCCGAUCACAGCCAGCCGGGAAGAAUUUGAUGAAAUUCCAACUGUGGUUGGGAUCUUCAGUGCCUUUGGGCUGGUCUUCACUGUCUCCCUCUUUGCUUGGAUCUGCUGCCAACGCAAAUCUUCCAAAUCAAACAAAACCCCUCCUUACAAAUUUGUCCAUGUGCUGAAGGGUGUUGAUAUUUAUCCUGAAAACCUCAACAGCAAGAAGAAAUUUGGUGCAGAGGACAAAGGAGAAGCCAAAAACAAGCCUAUCAUUCCAAAGAGUUCUCUACAUCUUGACCUCGAAAAGCGAGAUCUGAAUGGCAACUUCCCCAAAACAGCUCCGAAGAUAACAAGUUCCUCAGAAGUUGAGAACUCGAUUCCAAAGGUCUUCCCUGAGAGGGAGAAAGAUUCGGUGUCCCCUGAUAGCUUGAAAUCUAUCUCAUCUUUAUCUUCUGAAGAGAAGCAAGAUAAAUUAGGGACUCUCUUCUUCUCUCUUGAGUACAACUUUGAAAAGAAGGCAUUCAUGGUGAACAUCAAAGAAGCACGUGGCUUGCCAGCCAUGGAUGAGCAGUCAAUGACUUCUGAUCCGUACAUCAAAAUGACAGUGCUGCCUGAGAAGAAGCACAAGGUGAAAACUCGAGUGCUGAGGAAAACCUUAGACCCAGCCUUUGAUGAAACCUUCACCUUUUAUGGGAUCCCAUAUGCUCAGGUUCAAGAUCUGAGUCUUCACUUUAUGAUCCUGAGCUUUGACCGGUUUUCUCGAGAUGAUGUCAUUGGAGAAGUCCUCUUUCCUUUGUCAGGGAUUGAGUUGUCUGAAGGAAGAAUGCUGAUGAACAAGGAAAUCAUCAAAAAGAAUGUUAGGAAGUCUUCUGGCCGUGGAGAGUUGCUGAUCUCCCUUUGUUACCAGUCCACGACGAAUACUCUCACAGUAGUUGUUUUGAAAGCGAGGCACCUACCCAAAGCUGAUGUUUCAGGAUUAUCAGACCCCUAUGUCAAAGUGAACCUCUAUCAUGCCAAGAAAAGGAUCUCAAAAAAGAAAACCCAUGUCAAGAAGUGUACCCCCAAUGCGGUGUUCAAUGAACUCUUUGUCUUCGAUAUUCCUUGUGAGGGUCUCGAAGAGAUCAGCAUUGAAUUCUUGGUUUUGGAUUCAGAUAGGGGAUCCCGGAAUGAAAUUAUUGGCCGGCUAACCUUGGGGGCUUCGGCAGAAGGAACAGCUGGAGAACACUGGAAGGAGAUCUGCGAAUAUCCUAGGAGACAAAUUGCCAAAUGGCACAUGUUAUGUGAUGGCUAACUGCAGAGCAAGAGGUUGGAACUCUUCAAAAAAGCAAGCAAACAAAAAUCCGUAGGCAAGGAUCAGUUUUCUUUCUUUGCAAUGUAUAAUCACAGGCUUGUGCCAUUAAAAAGGACUUUUUGUUGUUGUUGAUAUUGAGACUGAAUUGAAUUGUCAAAACAAAAGGUAACUAACUUCUUUUCCAUUUGAUCGAGCUCUUUUUUGUUGCUCUUAACAACUGUAAAGAACAUGACAUAAUUUCAUCGAUGGUUCAUAUUCUACUGGAGUUUACAGCUAAAGAGACACAAAGUGCUGUAAACUCAAUUAAGAAAUCUGUUUUCUAAAGUACUAUAGUACCAGAGUAACUAGAUGCUGUCACUGAGAUACUGGCAACCUCAUUAGUAUAUUUUACCAGGUGUAGAAUCACCUGGGUUUUGUAGAAGUGAAAAAACCACAAAUAAUUAGAUGAGCAAAUGGCAGAAACAUUCAUUUCAGUUUCACAAUGGAUAGCAAACCCUUUCUUCUUCUUGGUUUUAUGAAAAUAGACACUUUUUCAGAUGAUUAGGGAUUUAUACUUUGAACAACCCAAAGACUCAUUUUUUUAGAAUUGAUAUUACGUAUUUCAGAAGAUCAGUUUGUUAUUUAACUCAUGGCAUAUUUUAUUGGAGGGGGGGGGGAGAGAUUGAAUCCAUUAACUGGCACAGAACCAUUCAGAAUCUAGAGAAACAUCCCCACCCCCAGUGAUUAACUUUCUUUAAUAAAGGGCUCGGAUAAUACUGUAUGGUUAGAAUUUGUGCUUUAAGCUGUGGCAUGGUUAUUUACUUGUUUGUUUAUUCAUUGGCCAAAAUAAAUAUAGAUUGGACAUUUCUUAGCAAGGUGGACAUAAUGGUAGAGUAUUAUCCAAAAAUGGGAAA